AAUAUAUAUACAAUCGUCCCACGGUCUAGGCUCGUAUAUAAAUGGGCUAGGUCAAUUUCUCUCGCAACGCCACUAUUGAGUAUUGAGUAUACCAUCCAACGGCUAAUUGUAUCCUUAAAUCAAACCUCCUUGGGGUUGGGGUGUUCGCGACUACUAGGAUUGAAUACGCAGUUCACUCGGAUUAGGGCUUAUUAGCUCCGUUCUCUGUUUUCUUGCUUAUGCGCAACAAUGGAUAACAAUCCUCAGAAUUCCGGUGCACAGUCUCUGCGGCCACCUGCAAUCGGAUCCAUUGGCUCUCAAAGUUUUGGAACAAACUUUUCAAUACAAUUCCGGCCUGUGGUUCCAUCACAGCAAGGACAGGCACAUGCGUUCAUGCAGUCAGGUUCAGGCAGCCAGCAAUAUCGUCCUCAGUUUUCUCAACCAAGACCAGGUCAGCCUCCCUCAUCACAAGCAAUGCCAAUGUCUUCUUAUAUGCAGCAGCAGCCAAACAUGCCAAUGUCUUCUUCUUCUUCUUCUUCUUCUUCUUCAUACACUUUCACUGCCCCGUCGUUUGGGACAAAUGUCUCUUCUCAGUUUCAGAUGCAGACACCUGUUGGCGGACAACCUUGGCCGUCUUCUGGAAAUCAAGGUCCACUAGCUGUUGCACCAAUGCCACAAACUGGACAUCAGCCCACAAAUCAGCAGGCAUUGAAUGUUCUACAUUCUUCUAGUCAAGAGGCAUCAUCAGAUUGGCAAGAGUAUACAGCUGGUGAUGGAAGAAGAUAUUAUUACAAUAAGAAUACAAAGCAAUCUUCUUGGGAGAAGCCUUUGGAGUUGAUGACACCUCUGGAGAGGGCCGAUGCCUCCACGGUUUGGAAAGAGUUCACAACUGCAGAGGGUAAAAAAUAUUAUUACAAUAAGGAUACAAAGCAGUCUAAAUGGACGAUACCUGAGGAAUUAAAGUUGGCCCGUGAGCAGGCCGAGAAAGAAGCUUCUAGAAGUAGUCAAACUGAGAUGGUGACUAAUCCGAAUGCUCCAGCCAUUUCAACACCUUCUGCACUUGAUCAAUCUUCAGUUAAUGACAUUUCUUCAACAAUACCCAGGGUGGCUUCAAGCCCUGCCCCCCAUAAUGUGGGAUCUGAGUCAUCAUCUGUUGCAAUCCCUCUUAAUCCAGCAGUAGUUGCUGCUUCUAUGAUUCCUCCCAACUUACAUUCUUCUCCAAUGAAGAUGGAGGAUUCAUCUUCACAUGGUGUUCCAAAAACCUUAGAUGGAGUAUCAACGCAUGACACUGAGGAAGCCAAGAAGGGCAUGGCAGUUGCUGGAAAAGUGAACACGACACAAAUAGAGGAGAAAGUUGUGGAUGAUGAACCCUUUAUCUAUGCGAGUAAGCAGGAGGCAAAAGUUGCAUUUAAAGCUUUAUUGGAGGAUGCAAAUGUUGAGGCUGAUUGGAACUGGGAGCAGGCAAUGAGAGUGAUCAUAAAUGAUAAAAGAUAUGGUGCAUUAAAAACACUUGGUGAACGGAAGCAGGCAUUCAAUGAGUAUCUGAUGCAAAGAAAGAAAUUGGAGGCUGAGGAGAGGCGCUUGAGGCAAAGAAAAGCAAAAGAAGAGUUCACAAAGAUGUUAGAAGAGUCCAAGGAAUUGACAUCAUCCAUGAGAUGGAGCAAAGCCAUGGCAAUGUUUGAAGAUGACGAGCGAUAUAAGGCUGUAGAUCGACCUUCUGACAGAGAAGAUCUUUUCCAAAACUACUUGGUUGAUCUGCAGAAGAAAGAAAGAGCAAAAGCUCAAGAGGAGCAACGGCAGUACAGAUCAGAGUACAAGCAGUUUUUGGAGACUUGUGGGUUGAUUAAGGUGGAUACUCAGUGGCGGAAAGUUCAAGAUCGUUUGGAAGAUGAUGAAAGAUGUUCGCGCCUUGAUAAGAUUGAUCGCUUGGAGAUUUUCCAAGAAUAUAUCCGUGACCUGGAGAAGGAAGAAGACGAACAGAGGAAAAUAAAAAAGGAACAUAUAAAAAGGGUGGAGCGUAAAAACCGUGAUGAGUUUCGCAAGAUGAUGGAAGAGGAUGUAAAUUCGGGUACACUUACGGCUAAAACUCAAUGGCGCGAUUACUGUCAGAAGGUGAAGGAGUCUGUAGCUUAUCAGGCUGUUGCUUCAAAUACCUCUGGCUCAACUCCAAAAGAUUUGUUUGAGGAUGUUGCUGAAGAGUUGGAGAAGAAGUACCACGACGAUAAAACUCGUGUGAAAGAUGCUAUGAAAUUGAAAAAGGUGAGUGUUGUGCCAACAUGGACAUUUGAAGAUUUCAAGGCUGCUAUUGAGGAUGACAUCAUCUCGUCUUUAUCAGAUAUUAAUCUGCAGCUGGUGUAUGAAGAUGUAGUUGAGAGGGCCAAGGAGAAAGAGGAGAAGGAAGCCAAAAAGCGUCAGCGUCUUACCAAAGAAUUCACUGACUUAUUGUACGACAUCAAGGAUAUAACUGCAUCAUCUACGUGGGAGGAGUGCCAGCCACUGUUUGAGGAAACCUCCGAAUACAGAGGUAUUGGUGAUGAGGGGGUUGCUCGUGAGGCCUUUGAGGAAUACGUGGCUCGUUUGGUUGAUAAGGCAAAAGAGAGGGAACGCAAACGGGAGGAGGACAAGGUGAGAAAGGAGGAAAAGGAGAGGAGGAAGGAGAAAGAACGGAGAGAGAAAGAGAAGGAGAAAGAAAAGAGAUUGAAGAAGGAUAAGGAUGAUUCAGAUAGUGAGAAUUUGGAUAUGAUGAUGGAGAUUACUACCACCACCACCAAAGAGGAUAAGAAAAGAGACAAAAAACAUCGCAAAAGGCAUCACCACCAGCAGCAGCAGCAGGAUGAUAAUGAUGAUGAUGCCACUUCUGAUAAGGACGAAAGGGAGGACUUGGACUCCUCCUCCAAGAAGUCAUCAUCGCGUAGACAUGGCAAAAAAUCAAGAAAGCAUGCAUCCGCAUAUUCACCUGAAUCGGAUAGCAGGGAUAGUGAAAGCAAGCAUAAAAAACAGAAAAGAGAUUCCCGUAAAAAUGGCAAUGGUGGUGGUGAGGAGCUUGAAGAUGGGGAACUCGGUGCGGGUGAGGAUGGGGAAAUCCAGUAGUCCACUGUCAUGUUGUGUGAGGACUUGUACUUUAUUGGAUUGGGUAGCAGAGUUAGUAGCUUUAUUUUAUAUUUACUGUCUUGUCAUUUAGAAUGAAUUGAUUCUCUUUUUUAUUAAUUUUUACCAUGUCUUUUUUCAUAUUACACACACCCACCUCUUACCAGUUACCAAUGUAUGUAUUAUAUUACUUUUGUAUC